GAGUGAGGCAAUCUCACCUUAUCCACACUCCCACCACAAUCGCUCCUUAUCAAAUAUCCAUAACCCCAAAAUUACAAACCCCUCUCACAAUACCUACCACUUUCUUCUGUUCUUGUACAAGCCUUUGAUUUCAGAUUGUGAAAUUUUCUCCAAGUACAAGUCUUAUUAGUGAGAAGAAGAAGAAAUGGCAGCCAUGAUUAACUCUAGUGUGUUGGCAUGCAACUAUGCCAUCUCUGGCACUGCAAUGUCUGAACUCAAUGCAAAGAUGCCUUCUUCUGUUGUGGCGGCAGCUGGUCAGAAAGUGGUGCCUGCAAUCAGAGCUCAACAGACUAGAGUUUCUGCUGAUUCUCAAAAGAGUGAAGGAAGAAGGGCAGCUCUGCUCUUCCUAGCAGCCACUGCUUUCACAUCAGCUUCUGUUGCUGCCUCCAAUUCCUUUGCCAAUGCUGGGGUCAUUGAUGAUUACCUAGAAAAGAGCAAAGCCAACAAGGAACUGAAUGACAAGAAGAGGCUAGCAACAAGUGGUGCAAACUUUGCAAGAGCAUUCACAGUUCAAUUUGGGACAUGCAAGUUCCCUGAGAACUUUACAGGCUGCCAAGAUCUUGCCAAGCAAAAGAAAGUACCAUUUAUCUCUGAAGAUCUGAGUUUGGAAUGCGAAGGCAAGGACAAGUUCAAGUGUGGUUCCAAUGUAUUCUGGAAAUGGUAAACAAGAGAAAAUAAAUGGUUCCAAUCUCUUAAUUUCCUCAGCAACCCUCAACAUGUAUGUAGCUAAAUUUCUUCUUAAUUCAAAAGCUUCAAUCCUUUCAUCUGUAUCUUGUGAUUUAAUCCAUAAGUAUUCUCUUCUGUUCCGUUUCCUA